CCGGGAAAACCAAGAGAGAGGGCAUAACAGGAAUUUAAGACAAUAGAUCCGCGGGGUUGCCUUUCAAAAUACAAAGAGUUGAUGUCCACUUUAUAAACACAAAGACUUCUCUUCGUCUUCCAUUGACAUCUCUUCAUCUUCUUCUUCUACUCAUGCAUUUGUGAGAAAACAGAUUCAGCAGUUUAAACGUUCAAAAUAAAAGGUUAUAGAAAAUUUCUUGAUGGACCAAGAAACAAAAGUUAGUUCUGAGGUUCCUGUAGUGAAAGGUGCACCUGAGGAUCUAAAGACGGUCGAUGUUUCUGUUAAGGAGGUGAACAGAGAAAUCACAAAGGAAGAUAAAGCUAUGGAGCAAGAAGAAGAGGAUACUACAUUUGAUGGUGGAUUCGUUAAAGUUGAGAAAGAAGGAACUAACACUAAGGGUGAUGAGAAAGCAGAGAAGCAAGUUCCACUCACUAUAAGCUCAAGCAGUUCACAGAGAGAACUAGAGAAGAAGGAGAAAGCUUCUGAGUCUCGUUUGGAACCAGAGCCAUUGCCUCUUAAAGUCUCUGAACAAGAAAGCAUUAAUCUAAAGCUAAGGGAAGAACUCAAAGAGAAGGAGUUGCUCGUUGCCUUAUCAAAAGACCAAGAAGGAAAAAUCAGAACUGCUAAUGAGAAGUUGACCAAAGUGUUGCAAGAGAAAGAGAUUCUUGAAACAUCUGUAGCAGAGAUCACUAUUAUUGCAACUAAAAGAAAAGAGAUCUGCGAUGAAAUUGAAGAGAAACUGAAAAUUUCAGAUGAAAAGUUCUCCAAAACAAAUGCUCUUCUAUCUCAAGCUUUGUCCAACAACUCUGAUCUUGAACAGAAGUUGAAAGCUAUGGAAGCAUUAUCUUCUGAAGUUUCUCAACUAAAAUCUGCUUUGAUAGUGGCUGAAGAGGAGGAGAAAGAUUCAUCUAGAAAGAUGCAGGAGUACCAAGAGAAGGUGACUAAACUUGAAUCAUCUCUGAACCAAUCAUCAGCGAGAGUUGCGGAGCUUGAAGAAGACCUGAGGACAGCUUUGCAGAAAGGUGCAGAGCAUGAAGAUCUUGGAAAAGUGAGUACUCAGCGCUGCCUUGAGGUACAAGGUUUGCUUCAAACAUCAAAGUCAAAGCUAGAAGAAAAACUAAAAGACCUGGAAGCAGUCCAAGUGAAAAACUCUAGCCUUGAAGCUGCUCUAAGUGUAGCAAUGGGAGAGAAGAAAGCGUUGGAGGAAACAGUGAAUGGGUAUAAAGUGAAAACAACUGAGUCUGAAGAGAGACUUGAGAAGCAAGCAAAGGAAAUAGAAGAAGCUAAAACAAGAAGCAGAGAGAUUGAAGCUUUGCAAAAGCACUCAGAGCUUAGUAUCCAAAAGGCAAUGGAGGAACUCAGUACCAGAGACACAGAAGUGAAAGAUCUCAAGGAGAGAGUAAGAUUGUAUGAAGAGAAGUUGGCUGAAGCAUCUACUCACUCGUUUUCUUUGAAAGAAGAUCUUGAUCGGUCUUCCUUGGAGAACGAGCUACUAGCAGAUACAAACAACCAGCUCAAGAUCAAGAUUCAAGAGUCUCUGUCUAAGCUAAAGACUUUUGAAGAUACAAUCAAAGAGCUUGAGAAAGAAAAUGGAUCAUUGGCUGAGGUGAACUUAAAGCUGAACCAGGAACUAGCCAAUCAUGGGUCAGAGACCAGUGACUUUCAGACAAUGUUCACUGCUUUAGAAGCUGAGAAAGACCAGACAGCAAAAGAGCUUCAUGCUUCAAAGGCGGCUAUAAAAGAAUUAAGAAACAAGCUUGCUUCUGAAAGAGAAAGAUUACGAUCAAAGAUGGAUUCUCUUGCAGAAGAGAAUAACCAAGUCAAUGAGAUAUAUCAAAGCACAAAGAGUGAGCUUGUGAAGCUUCAAGAACAACUCGAAGUAGAGAAGUCUAAAGUUGAUGCUAUGGUAUCUGAAAUCAAGAAGCUUAGUGCUUUGGCUGCUGAGAAGUCAGUGUUGGAGACUAACUUUGGAGAAGUAGAAAAACAAUUGAAAAUUUGUGAAGCUAAGUUGAAAGAAAAGGUAAAAAUAAUUAUAUGCUAUUGGAUAAAUACUUAUACACCUAGCUUGAUGAUGUUUCUUGUUUUUUUUUCACACCAGGUUGAAAAGGUUGACGAACUGACCUCGAAAUUGCAUGAACAUGAAGUUAAGACGAGUGACAGAGACUUGGAGGACAAGAAAGCAACUCAGCUGUAUAAAGAGCUUCAAUCAUCUCACACAGUCAUCUCUAAGGAGAAAGAAGCAGUUUCUCAGAAGCAUUCGGAGUUGGAAGCUACUCUAAAGAAAUCACAAGAAGAGCUUGAAGCUAAGACAAGUAAGAUCUUUCACCUAGAAUCAUUGGCCAAAGAUCUUGAACAGAAAGUGCAGCUUGCUGAUGCUAAGUCUAAGGAAACUGAGACUAUGGGAAAAGGAGAAGUACAAGUUAAAUCUCGAGGCAUUAAUUUAUCAGGAAACGUUACAACAACUAAGAAAGCUGAAACGUCUCAUCUCAUGACAUUGAAGAUCGUUCUUGGAGUGGCUAUCUUGUCUGUCAUUAUAGGUAUCGUUCUUGGGAAAAACUAUUGAAGUUCUUCAAUGGUGUGAUUGUCUUUUACCGUUCUUUUCUAUUUGUUUGGCCAAGCAAGACCAAAUGUUGUGUUAUAACACAAGAAUCUGAUCGACUGUUUAGAUGGUUCAUCUACAUUCUUAGAUAAACCAUCUAAGUUGUGUGCUAACAGCAAUGAAAAUAAAUUUACUUUGAAUA